AUGUCCGAGAAAAGACUCCUUCUCGAGCUUAAACAAUUAAUUAGAAGUCCUCCAAACACACAAAACCCCCAAAUUCUAAGUCUAGAACCGGUGGAUGCAGAAAAAUCGCUCAUGGAAUGGAGCGCAGUAAUAAUCAAACCCACCAAAACAGACUCGCCAUUCUAUUACAAUGGUCAAUGGAAACUAGAUAUCAAGACCGAUUCCAGUUAUCCAAUUAAACCGCCCACAAUUGCCUUUUCGAGAACAACCCCAAUAAAUCACCCGAACAUAAACAUUUCCACGGGCGAAAUUUGUCUUGAUAUACUCAGUAGUGGCUGGUCGCCAGCUUGGAAUCUCCAGAGCUUGGUCGGUGCAAUUCUUAUGCUCCUAGAUGAGCCCGAACCAGACUCGCCAUUGAAUGUGGACCUGGCAAACUUGUUUCGUCAUGAUCGUGUAGCUUUUGAGUCGAUGGUGCAGUUUACCAUGUGGAAGAAUCUGACGUUGUAUGAGGGAGAGAGAGAGUCUACAGGUGUCAAAUCGUACCUGAUAAUGGCAUAUGACUGUAGCAACGAAGAAGAGGAUGACGAAGAAGAAGAAACGGAGCCAAAAGAGGCGCUGAGUGAACUUGGUAUAGAGGAUGAUCUGUUGGAAUAUACUCCCGUAAGUCAAACGAUGGGUACUUCUGAAGUUGUGCCUCUGAUCACUGCCGCUAGUAUGAUUGGAGAAUCUUUAGUCAUGGUGGAUACACCUGCUCUUGAUUCCAAGGCGAGUAAUCGCAAUACCCACCCCUCUGCUGUAGUCUCCGCCUUGGCUGAGACAUCUACUUCGAAAUCUACCACUCAGGAAGUUGAAGACACGCUUAAUGACGCUUCUACUAUAGUACCUACUCCUACAAGCGCCAAUAUGACUUCUCUGGUUUCAACCGCCCAGACUACUCCAUCUUCUGCCACCAAGAUUGCCCCGCUUUCUGUAACUCCAGCUAUUUCAACCUCCACUGAGGAAGAAAAAUAUAGCACUGCAUCAAAUUCCGCCGCUGUCUCAGCCGACGUCUCCGAAACAUCUUCAUUGUCUUCUAAUUCCGUGUCGGGAACAUUGUCUAAGAAACCUAAACGGCUGGGACUGAAACGAAGAAGCGUUGCUAGAAUCAAAGAGCGGGUCUUGAAUCGAAUUUCUCACCAAGUCGGCGAAAUUCGUCGACACCAAGAUUUUGUCGCCUAG